AUGGGAAAAGAAAUCAAAGAUAAGAAGAGAAAACAUGACGUUGAAGAUGUUGAAUUAUCUGAAAAGAAGAAAAAGAAGAAAUUAGAAAAGAAAGAAAAGAAGGAAAAGAAAGACAAGAAGGACAAGAAGGAUAAGAAGGAAAAGAAAGACAAGAAGGAUAAAAAGGAUAAAAAGGAAAAGAAGGAUAAACAUGCUCCAGAAGAAGAAGAAGAAGUUAAGAAUAGUAAUAAUAUUGAUAAUGAUUCAACAACUUAUGUUCAAUCAUCUGAAUUAACUUCAUUAUCACAAUCAGAAAUUGAUUCAUUUUUAACAACAAAUGAAAUUACUAUUGAAGAUCCAAAUAAUUUAAAUUUAAGACCAAUUUUAUCAUUUAAUCAAGUUAAAUUAUCAUCAAGUAUAAAUUCUAAAUUAAAUAAAUUUCCAAAACCAACUCCUAUUCAAUCCGUUUCUUGGCCAUUUUUAUUAUCUAAAAAAGAUGUUAUUGGAGUUGCUGAAACUGGAUCAGGUAAAACUUUUGCAUUUGGUGUACCAGCUAUAAAUUCAAUUAUUACUACAAAGAAUAAAAAUUUAUCAGUUUUAUGUAUUUCACCAACUAGAGAAUUAGCAUUACAAAUUUAUGAUAAUUUAAUUGAAUUAACUAAUGAUACUAAUGUUAAAUGUGUUGCUGUUUAUGGAGGUGUUUCAAAAGAUGAACAAAUUCAAAAGAUUAAAACUGCUAAUGUUGUAGUUGCAACCCCUGGUAGAUUAGUUGAUUUAAUUAAUGAUGGAGCAAUUAAUUUAUCAAAUAUUGAUUAUUUAGUAUUGGAUGAAGCUGAUAGAAUGUUGGAAAAAGGAUUUGAAGAAGAUAUUAAAAGAAUUAUUUCAAGUACAAAUGCAGAAGAUAGACAAACUUUAAUGUUUACUGCUACUUGGCCAAAAGAAGUUAGAGAAUUAGCUAAUAAUUUUAUGAAAUCUCCAAUUAAAGUUACUGUUGGUGAUAGAGAUGAAUUAAGUGCAAAUAAAAGAAUUACUCAAAUUGUUGAAGUUGUUAAUAAAUUUGAUAAAGAAAAAAAAUUAAUUAAUUUAUUACAUAAAUAUCAAGGUAAUAAUAAUGAUUCAGAAAAUAAAAUUUUAGUAUUUGCAUUAUAUAAAAAAGAAGCUUCAAGAAUUGAAAAUUUAUUGAAAAGAAAUCGUUUCCAAGUUGCUGCAAUUCAUGGAGAUUUAUCACAACAACAACGUACUCAAGCUUUAAAUUCUUUUAAAUCUGGUCAAUGUAAUUUAUUAUUAGCUACUGAUGUUGCAGCAAGAGGUUUAGAUAUUCCAAAUGUUAAAGUUGUUAUUAAUUUAACUUUCCCAUUAACUAUUGAAGAUUAUGUUCAUAGAAUUGGUCGUACUGGUAGAGCUGGUAAAACUGGUAUUGCUCAUACUUUAUUUACUGAAGAUGAAAAACAUUUAAGUGGUGCUUUAUGUAAUAUUUUAAGAGGUGCUAAUCAACCUGUUCCUGAUGAAUUAUUGAAAUUUGGUGGUCACACUAAAAAGAAAGCUCAUAGUGCUUAUGGUGCUUUCUUUAAAGAUGUUGAUAUGACUAAAACCGCCAAAAAGAUUAAAUUUGAUUAA